CUCAGCAGAGUACAAGUUCUAGCAGCACCUACCAAGUGGGAAGGACUCCAACUUCAGGCCCAGUGGUGGACUGUCUCCUUGGCUCUGAGAAAUGCUGGACCUGGACCUGAGUUUUUUCUCCAUGGGGAUGUGGUCUCUGGGGGCAGGAGCCCUGGGCGCUGCUGUUUUAAGCUUGAUCCUGGCCAACACCAAUCUGUUUCUGACCAAAUCAGUAACAGCUACCCUGGAAUUUCUGGAAGAGAUAGAGCUGAAAACGCUGGAUAAUGAAUCCCCAAAGACUUUCAAAGCCCGAGAACUCUGGGAACACCGUGGGGCAGUGAUCAUGGCAGUACGAAGGCCAGGCUGUUUUUUGUGUCGAGAGGAGGCAGCUGAACUAUCUGCUCUCAAACCACAGCUAGACCAAUUGGGCAUCCCACUCUAUGCUGUGGUGAAAGAAAAGAUUGGGUCAGAAGUGGAGAAUUUCCAGCCAUAUUUCAAAGGAAAGAUCUUUCUGGAUGAAAGGAAAAAAUUUUACGGUCCCCAGAAGCGGAAGAUGAUGUUUAUGGGAUUCGUUCGUCUGGGUGUUUGGCAGAACUUUUUCCGGGCCAGGAGUAAGGGCUUCUCUGGUAACCUGGAAGGAGAAGGGUUCAUCCUUGGAGGUGUUUAUGUGAUUGGGCCAGGCAAACAGGGAAUUCUCCUAGAGCACCGAGAGAAAGAGUUUGGAGAUAAAGUCGACCCUGCCUCUGUUCUGGAAGCUGCCAAAAAGAUAAAGCCCCACACUUCAACCUCAGAGGGAAAAUGAUCAAAUAUAACCACUGACCUCGGGGAAAACUAGGAAGAUGAGACUGUGAUUAUGUGACAUCAGCUUCAUGAGUCCCACGGAGGACUUCCUUACUUAUCUACAUCUGCAUUAAGUAUUUCUCCUAGGGAUUACACCCCAUCUGGUCUCACUUUUGGAUUCUGGGAUUUUUAUUUUGGCUGAACAAUCAGGAUUCAAAAACAAGAUUAAUUUUUUAUCUUUUUCUUUUCUCUUCUUUUCUGUUCUUUCUCUCUCUCUCUCUUUCUUCUUUCCUGCCCUAAGCAGGUUAGUCAGUGUUUUUUCACUAAGGAGUGACACAAAUGUGAGGUUUGGCUUUCUGGGCUAUUCAUCACAGCUCACCUCACUCACAUUUGUACCACCUUGGAGAUUUGCAAAGUGCUUCUUUCUCAAUGCCCCGAUGAAACAAGCAGUGUAAGGAUUUGACAUAGAAGACAGAUGUGGAGGUUAAAUGACUUGCCCUGGAUCUAAUGGGCCAAAAAAGAGUCAGGAUAGAAUGAAAAGAGCAUUGAAUUCAGCCUCUAGAGUCCUUGGUUUGAAUCCUGGCCCUGACAUCUAUUAGCUCUUGGGCGAGCGGCUUAACCUCUAGGAGACAUAGUUUCCUCAUUUGUUUAUGAUAUUUAGUGAGGAUAAUAAUAGACAUGGCAUAAUGACUAGAAUGCUGCAUUGUUAACAGAGACCAAUGUUCAGAUCUUGCCUCUGAUACUAUCUUUGUGAUAACAUGUAAGUAACAACCCCUCAGAGCCUCAGUUUCCACAUCUAUUAAAAGGACAGAAUGAUGCCUAUAGUGACUGACAGACAGCAUGGCAUCGUGAGUAAAGAAAUGGCCUCAGAGUCAGGAAUGAAUGGAUAGAAAAAUGAAUGGAUAAAUGAAUGAGCAUUUACUUGGAGCUCACUGUGUGCCAAGCUCUGUUCUAAAUAGGGGAAAUAUAAAGAGAAAAAGUGAGAUAGGCCUUGCUCUACAGGAAAUAAACACACUUAAGAAAGUGUGGCCGGAGGGCCUAAGAUUGAAGCUGAGAGUUCGAUGGUAAGAUCAAAGAGCCCCCUGGUUACAACAAUAGGUCAGAUGACAGGAUUGAGGGUCUGUGGGGAAUAACAGCAGGAAGUCCUCAGUUCCAGAACUGCUUCUAGCACUCACUGGCUAUAGAACUCUAGGCAAGUCACUUGCUUUUUUAGUGCCCCCCAGCAACUCUUUAAUACCAUAUAUUGUCAAGAAUGGGUAAAUCUCCAUUAGGGGAGAAGGCUGCUCAACAGGAACCCUCUACACUAGUGAAGUGAGGAAUCUGGUUAAAAAAACCCAAACUCUCUAGUAUCAACUUCAAAGGAGAAAAUGCAUGUGAGCUGCUCUGGAAACUAAAGCACUCUGUAUGAAUGUCAGCUGUUUUCAUUACCUAUUCCACAGGUUGGUUGCCUUGUAAACCUUUACACUCUAUAUAAAUGUGAGUUACUGUUCAUUGGAACUGGAACUUGAAGCCAGGUCCUCUGAUACCAAAUCCAGGGCUCCUUCCACUAUGCCAUGUUGCCUCUCUGACGUGUAUGAUUUUAGAGUGAUAACUCCUGGACAGAAUUCACAUGGAAGACUUUUUCUGGCUUUUUUUUAAAAUUCCUUUGGAUGCCCUGAGAGGUUGGUGCCUUUCACCUUAAGACUGGAGAGGUUAGGGUUUUUACUCGCAUGUGCACAGAGUAUUGUGGGCUCCCCAGGGAUGGACUGUGUGUCUAUCCAUACAAGGACCAACCUAGCGAAGUUUGGAGGGGCCUGUGAAACAGCCUGCUGCGUUGCAGAGAAAAUGCAGUCUGCACUGAUGAAAUAAUGAAUCUUUGCAUAUGAGUGUGUUGUUAUGACUUUAGUAGAGAUAUCUCUUGUUUUUUGGAAUAGAUGUGUACCAGAAAAACUGGCUUUUUCCCACUAAAUCUUCUGACCCCAUUGAUUUUUAAUAUAUCAUUAGAAGCUUGUCCUACUGGAAAAUGUUUUGGUACCUGGCUAUAAUAAAAUUAUGCUU